UUUUGGUUUGACAGCUUUCCACAAAUUUUGUUUUGUUUUGAUUGAAUUUGUGAAAUUUGCGGUGAUUUAUUUAAUAAACAAUAUUAAAAUUAAAAAAUGGAAUCAAUUAUAUGGUGUAUAUUUAUUCUGAAAGUGAGGAAUUUGAGGAAUUCCAGGAAUCCUCAAGAUUACGGGUGUCCAGGAGACUACUAAGGAGCAAAUCUUCUCAUGAGAUUUCUUGCUGAUUGAUCGUACCAAAAAGGAGUUGGACAAGACGUACUGCUUGGAAUGGCACAACCAACAGUCUCAAACGUUUUGUCUGAAACUCUUAAAAUUCUUGAGAGAAAGUUGUGCCCAAAAAUGAUAAAUUUUAAAAUGAAUGAACAGGAAAAGCUAGAAGCAAAAACAGCAUUCUAUGAAAAUAGUGGUUUUCCUGGGGUUAUAAUGUGCGUUGAUGGAACGCAUGUAAGCAUUUUACGUCCUACAACAAAUGAACACCAUUUUUACAACAGAAAAGGAUAUCAUAGCUUAAAUGUAAUGGUGGCCUGUGACCACAAAAUGAGGAUAACUUACGUUAAUCCCAGUUACGGGGGAAGUUCUCAUGACUCUGUUGGGUGGUCAAUGAGUAAAGAGAGAGCUUUUAUGGAAGAACAAUUUAGACAUGGGGAUAGCAGCAAGAUUUUCGGUAACAAAUGAACUGAAACUCAAUAUUGUCAAACGUAAAAU